CGACCGGGCAAAAAAUAGUACGACGAAAAUAUGUUGAGCAGCGUUUCCCGUCGAGUCUUGAGCCACCACCAGGCCCGCAGGUUCAAGAGCACUCACGUCAAAGGCUCUUCGUCCGCAGGCCACGGCCCUAUUGGCGAAGAUGGGCGUCAUGAAAUCUGGAGAGAAGGCAUUUACGAUCACGACAACGAACCAAAAAUCAAGCGUCGUGAUGGUUCCUAUUCCUCUAUUGAGAAGCUGCGUGGUUUUCUGAAUUACGAGCGCAACCCCGAGCCGUACCGAAAGCCGUUGGAGCGUGUCAUGGACUGGGGUGAGCUCAAUCCCACGGAGGAAGACGAGCUCCACCACACGGACCUGGAGCGCAAGGUCCAGGCCGCACGGUGCAUGGACUGCGGCACGCCUUUUUGCCAAACCCAUACGGGAUGUCCCGUCAACAACCUUAUUCCCGAAUGGAACAAUCUCGUUUACAAUGGGCAAUGGGAAGAAGCCAUCGAUCGAUUGCACAAAACCAACAACUUUCCCGAAUUCACCGGUCGUGUUUGUCCGGCUCCUUGUGAGGGAUCCUGCGUGGCUGGUCUCGUUGACAGCCCCGUCACAAUCAAAAAUAUUGAAUACGCCAUUGUCGACCGGGCGUGGAAGGACGGACUCAUUACGCCUCGCAUUCCCAAGGAACGCACCGGCAUGACGGUGGCGGUGAUUGGUUCAGGCCCGGCUGGAUUGGCGGCUGCCGAUCAACUCAACCAGCUCGGGCACAAAGUUACUGUCUACGAACGCGCCGAUCGAGUCGGAGGACUGCUGAUGUACGGAAUCCCCAAUAUGAAACUCGAAAAGGAGACCGUUGAUCGUCGCGUUAAUUUGCUGCGGGAGGAAGGCAUCGAAUUUGUUACCAACGCAGACAUUGGCAACAAUGUAGAUAUCAACGAGCUUCGUUCCAAUCACGACGCAUUGGCGUUGUGUAUGGGAGCAACCAAACCUCGUGAUUUGCCCGUUCCCGGCCGUGAACUGAAGGGCGUUCAUUUCGCUAUGGAAUUUUUGACGGCCAAUCAAAAGCGUUUACUAAUGACCAAGGAAGGAACACUGGAAUCCAAGUGGGAAAAGGAUAAUUUCAUAACUGCCGCGGGUAAGGAUGUUAUAGUAAUUGGUGGUGGAGACACCGGGACGGACUGCAUUGGUACCAGUAUGCGCCACCGCUGCAAAUCCGUCACUAACUUUGAGCUGAUGCCACAACCACCCAUGGAUCGUGCCACAGACAAUCCUUGGCCACAGUGGCCGCGCGUUUUUGGUCUAGACUACGGCCACGCCGAAGUCCAGGCCGUUUUUGGCAAGGACCCGCGAGUCUACUCUGUCAUGACCAAGGAAUUCAUUGGUGAUGAUCAAGGGAGAGUCAAGGCGCUGAUUACACAGGAUGUGGAGAUUUCUGACAAGGGCCCCAAAGCGAUUGAAGGAUCAGAACGGGAGUUCCCGUGUGAUCUGGUUGUCCUUUCCAUGGGGUUUGUGUCGCCCGAAGACUAUGUGGUUGGUGAAUUGGGAUUAGAUACGGAUCAGCGCAACAACAUCCACGCCACGUACGGUGAUUUCCGUACCAAUGUUGAAGGCGUUUUUGCGGGCGGUGAUUGCCGACGUGGUCAAAGUUUGGUGGUGUGGGCAAUCAACGAAGGCCGAGGUAUGGCGGCUUCGUGUAACGAGUACCUGCAGGCCAAGCGUGAUACCAAGUUCUCUCCCAGCCAUCAAACUGGAGUGUUCCAUAAUCUCAGCAGUCUUUCCCCCAAGAUGUAAACUGACGGUCUUUCACCCACUACCGUGGUGUAUUUUUGCUUUCGAUCAACUUAAUGGGCACGUUAACUCUAGAAGUUGGCGUGAACUUUCUUUCUU